AUGCACAGAACUUACUCUAUGAGAUCAUCCAAGGCACCAACUGCCUCACAAUUGCAAAGUCCGCCACCUCCACCUUCAACUACCAAGAAUAGAUUCUUUGGCUCUGGUGGUUUGUCUUCAUCAAUUAGAAAAGCAGCUGCAGGUGCAACUGGUCCUGAAUUAUCGAGAAAGUUGACUCAAUUCAUCAAGAUGGAAAAGAAUUUUAUGAGAUCUAUUGAGGUGACUUCAAGGGAAAGAAAAGACAUUGCUAGACAAUUGAGUGCUUGGGGUGAGAGCAAUGAAGAUGAUAUCAGUGAUGUUACUGAUAAAUUGGGUGUUUUAAUCUAUGAGAUUGGUGAGUUGGAAGAUCAAUAUAUUGACAAGUAUGAUCAAUAUAGAAUCACCUUGAAAUCAAUUAGAGAUAUCGAGGGCUCGGUUCAACCUUCAAGAGAAAGAAAGCAAAAAAUCACUGAUGAGAUUGCUCAUCUCAAAUACAAGGACCCACAAUCACCAAAAAUCCCAGUCUUGGAACAAGAAUUGGUUAGAGCCGAAGCUGAAUCUUUAGUUGCUGAAGCUCAAUUAUCAAAUAUUACAAGAGAACAAUUAAAAGCUGCUUUUAAUUAUCAGUUUGACGCUACCAGAGAAUUGGCUGAAAAGUAUGCAUUGAUUGCUGGCUACGGUAAGGCCUUAUUAGAAUUAUUGGAUGAUUCAGCCGUGACACCAGGUGAAACAAGACCAGCAUAUGAUGGUUACGAAGCUUCAAAACAAAUCAUUAUUGAUGCUGAGAAUGCUUUAGCAAACUGGACCUUAGAUUCAGCUGCUGUAAAGCCAACUUUAUCAUUACACCAUGAAUAUGAAGAGGAUGAAGAAGAUGUUCAAGAUGAAAUUGAUCCAUCUCAUGAACAAGAAUUUGCUAAACACGAUGAGAUUCCGGACGAACAAGUUGAUGGACACGCUGCUGUCAACUCAGAAGUUGCUGCUCACUAA